AAGUGAGAGGAGGAGCAAAGUUAGGGGAGAGGGGCUAAACAGAAACACACUGCUGUUUGUGGACUACUGCCUGACAUGGGAGGUCUGUGGAACAUCUGAGAGGAGGUCUGAACUUGAGCUCUAUUUUACUACUAAACCUCCAGGGGCAAAAGCAGAGAAGACAGAGGAAAUGAAGGACUUGUCAGGAGAAGUCGGGGUCUCUCAGCGGAAAGGAGAUCAACUAACCCGACCCAAAGUUUGGCUAAAGAACAAACUUGUUCGAGUGGGACUUGCUGAAUGUCUUUGCACGUAUGUCAUGAUGGCGUUCGGCCUGGGGUCUGUGGCCCAGGUAGUGACAGGACAGGGAGCGUUCGGAGAGUACCUCAGCAUCAACCUGGGUUUUGCACUGGGUGUCACUAUGGGGGCGCAUGUCGGAGGGAAAGUCUCAGGGGCUCACAUGAACGCUGCGGUGUCGAUCACAAUGUGCACGUAUGGUCGCCUUGCAUGGAGGAUGUUGCCUGUGUAUGUUUUUGCACAGCUGCUGGGAUCAUUUCUGGCAGCAGUGACAAUUUAUGGCGUCUAUUAUGAUGCUAUAUUUGAGUAUUGUGGAGGAAACCUGACAGUGACUGGUGAAAGGGCCACCGCUGGGAUCUUUGCCACCUAUCCAGCACCAUACCUCUCGGUGAUGUCUGGAUUCAUGGACCAGGUGUUUGGCACGGCCAUGCUGCUGCUGUGCCUGAUGGCUCUGUCCGACCAGAGGAACAAGCCGGCCCCAGCAGGUGGCGAGCCGGCCGCGGUGGGACUCCUGGUGCUGCUCAUCGGCAUUUCUCUGGGCAGCAACAGCGGCUACGCCAUCAACCCCAACAGAGACAUCGCACCCAGGGUCUUCAGUGCCAUAGCAGGCUGGGGAACUGAUGUGUUCAGGGCUGGAAAUGGUUGGUGGUGGGUGCCGCUAGUCGCUCCCCCCAUUGGAGGGGUGCUGGGUGCAGGGAUCUACAAGGCUUUGGUGGAAUUGCACCACCCACACGUGGAGGAACUGGGUGAGGGGUUGCUGGAGGAGUCAAAGGAGGACUCUGUUCAUAAAUUCAAAAUUGAAAAUGCAAUUGUGUAAGAAACUCAGCUAUGUUGUAGCAUAGCUGUGUGGAUAUCUGUAAAUAGGAGAAAUGUUCCAUGAUUAUUGGAAUUUUAUGAAAAGAGACCAAAAAUGAAAUGGUUUGUCAAAACACGGCAUUACAUUUAUCUUAACCAGAUAAUGUAAACAAUCUACAGUAGUACAUGGAACACACUAUAUGAAAGUAUGAAACAUGACACUGAUAUCAACUAUAGUUUUCUCCUAAGAAACUACAUUUCAUGCAGGAAAGAAGAAACAAAAACUCAUUCACUAGCUCAUAUUUAAUGCAUAUAUUAUUGAGGUUACAGCAGCAUAUAUAACCUUGGUAUCAUCCAUUCCAGCAAAUCAGCAGGAGACCACUUACAUGAGCUUGGGAAUUACAGUGUAUGUGAAGAAAAACACACAAGCCCCAAUACAUUGCACAUCAAGUUAAAUGAAAUAGGAACGGUAGGUUCCAACGCAACAUAUGUUCUUACUUUGCAACAAUCCAGCACUCAAGGCAAAUGUGUGUAUCAUUUAAUGAGAGGCUCACAUCUAACCCCCAAAUUUGAUGUGCUGCAAAAUAUGAAAUAAUAUUUUCAAUUUCAGUGAUAUCAUCCAUGUUAAGAUCGACAGGCCUAAACUCAAACAUAUUUUUUAAUUUAAGUUUACAUGAUUAUCACACAGUAUGAGUGAGGCACUGCAGAGAUACAGUGGAAAAAGUCCAAGAUGACUAAUGUUUUGUUUGAUAGUUUGCUGCCACACAUUAAUUGUGUAAUUGUGUAACGAGUCCACAGACUGGGGAUUGUGGGACAAUGUCUGCAGGCAAAAAUCACUUUUACCGUCCAACUGAAAACAACAGUAUUAUUUUCAGUCUUGCUCUCAAUUUCAGAUUCACAGAGAUUUUGUUGAGCAAUUAUUUUCAAACUUCUUUCAUAAAUUUAUAUAUAUUAUAUAUAUGUUAUUGCUGUAUAUGACAUUCAAUUAAAAUAUUUACAACAUCAAACCAAAUCGAAGGGAUAAAUAAGUAUAGUUAUAAAGUAACAUAAUGCCCUUAUUGAGUAUUAUUUGCCCUAUAGUAGUUAUAGCAGUGGUACAAUUUGUUGCUACCUGUCAGUAUUACUAUGCCAGCAGCACAUGAUCAAACUUCUUGACUUGGCUGAUGAGUUGUUUAGGCCAGCAGGUGUAACCAGUGAGCACUGAGUUAAAUGAGAGUGCAGAUAAUAUAUCUGUUGCUUUGGUUGUCUCAUUGGAGACAAGCCUCAUUUCUUCAUCACUAUCAUAGAGCAAUGAAAGCUCAAAAAACAACUACACUUGAAUUCUUGGGAUUUUUCAAGUCUAUUUAGACGUAAGGCAGGUAUUUUUGAAUCACCUACACAUAAAUAAGGUUAGAAUAACUGUUUACAUGCCGCACUGCCUCCAACAGCUGGUACCACUUCAGCCAUGUGUAGAGGCAGGAGAACCCUGGUUCGUCUGUCCAGACGUUCUGCAGUCCAGGACGAAGGAAUCACUGACUGCUUUUUUAAGCCAUGUUGACUGUACACACAGGAUUACAAUGUUUUCCUCGAUUGGGAACAUUCUCACCGCUUUGUCCCACUUAGUCUCCCUGUGCUCCCCUGGCUCUUGGCAGCGUUGCCUGAGCUGCACUGUGAUGGUGGUUUCUUCUUGGGUGCCGGCGCCUUGGCUUUGCCUUUGAAGGCCUUGGUCGGAUCCAGUUUGUUGAGAUAAGAAUCUCCCGCAGCAUCAGCAACGCUGUGCUCACUGCUGAAGGUCAGCGGCUGGUACAGUGAGGCCCACUGCUGCAAAGGGGAACAGCACAUAGACAGGGUGUCACUUAUCUAGUCAUGUGGAGAAAAUAAUAGCUUAGCUUAUAAAAUAACCAUAGGAACUGGAGGUAACAAUAGGAACACAAGAGACACAUUGCAGAGGUUACACUACCUACGUUACCCUAUUUUGUGUAGUUUACAAUCUCAGGAACUUUUGGGAUUCAAUGCAUAUAGGACAUGAAUAGACUUGAAUAAUCUGAUGUGAGGAAGAGAUGAAGAGAUUAACUCUUAUGUAAUCAUGUGAAAAAGUUAGAUCAGUCAAUGUUGUUAUAUUAUUAUUAUAAUAUACAUUAUAUUAUACUGGAAAGGGAAAAACUGAAUAAAAUGUAUUUUAUACACCU